AUGGGCGCCUGGGCGGAUUACGUCAGCUACCCCAGUCCGUCCGCCGACAGCGCCGUGCACUCGCCCAUGGACGUCGACGGCUUCGCCCACGCCCGCGAUCGCUACGGCAGCGAGCCCGAGGCCGAUUUCGCCAUGGACGACGCUGGCCCGGCGCGCCAGCACAGCCUGCCCGGCCGCAUGCUGUCGUUUGCAGAUGGGCUCUCGCCCGUGUCGCGGCACGGCAUGAAACGCCGCGCUUCCUCGCCGCCGCGGGGCGCCGCAGCGGACCCGAUGUACGCCUUCGCGGACGUCGUCGAGAAUCGGGACCGCAGGCAGCUGGGGCUCCGAUCCAACAGCUGCACGUCACCCAGCACUUCCCGCUACCCCGUCAGCCACGGGUCGAUUUCGUCGAUCUCGAGUCUGCGCACGGAAUCGUACGGCUCCUCGACCGGGUUCUCGGUCGCGGCGAGCAGCAUUACGUCCUUUGGCGGACGAUCCCCGGGCGCCAUGUCACCAACGUCGGAGCUGGAGACGUGCUAUGAAAAACCAUAUUUAACACCCGCGCCCCACCGCGCGCAGUAUUCCGACCUGGUGGAUAUCAAAGGAUCCGUGUCGCGAAAGGGAUCGACGCAGAACGGCAUUAGCCUGUCGAAGCCUACCGCUCCAAGGAUAGGAAGGUUGUAUAUUUGCGAGUGUUGCCCGAAAAAACCCAAGAAGCUAGAGAGUUUAGAAGAGCUACGGGCCCAUGAGCUGGAAAAGCAAUACACCUGCCAAUUCUGCAACAAGCGGUUCAAGAACAAGAACGAAGCGGAACGCCACCAGAACUCGCUCCACCUGCGGCGCCACUCGUGGUCGUGCGCGGCACUGUCAAAUCCCGAGUCGGCUUUCCACCCUUCCGCGUCGCCGGCGUACCAGACGCCCAACGGCGCGUCGCACGACACCUGCGGCUACUGCGGCGCGGAAUUCGCCAACUUCCCGGCGCCGGAGUGGGAGCGGCGCAUGGACCACCUCAUCAACAGCCACAAGUUCGGCGAGUGCAACCAGGCCAAAAAAUUCUACCGCGCCGACCAUUUCCGCCAGCACCUCAAGCACAGCCACAACGGCGCCAGCGGCAAAUGGACCAACACCCUGGAGAGCGCCUGCAUGAAGGAGGAAGCGCCGCACGAGGGCCUGCCCAGCAUCGGCGAGCAGCCCGGGGACCAUGCCGAGAGCGAGGGCAGUAGCAGCACCAAUGCUGCUGUGGUGGCGGCGCAUCACCCGCUGGAUGAAGUGAUGACAGGCGCUUGA